CCGCAGGGAAAGCUUGAGAUCCGUAUCCGGCCAGAGCCUUCGAUAACCACCAUAAAUCUGGCCUCAUCAGCCGCAGGUACCAUACAACAAAACCAUUUCACCAUCUCCAACCAACCAACCAGUCCUCACUUCUACCAAUCUACUUCAAGUACCUACCAUCAUGUUCACCUUGACCGUUCCUGAGGGCUACGGUGCCGUUAUCGCCGUCGCGUUGGGCGCUAUUCCCGUCCUGGGCUUCGUCCACGGCGUCGUGACCGGCAGCACCAGAGUGAAGGCUCAAAUCCCCUACCCUCACACCUACGCGACCGUCGAACAAUGCAAGGCUGAUCCCAAAGCCGAGCAGUUCAACUGCGCCCAGCGUGCGCACGCCAACUUCCUGGAGAACUCCACCCAGACUAUGCUCUUCACCUUGGUCGCAGGACUGAAGUACCCGCAGCUGGCGGCGGGUCUGGGCGCGGCGUGGGUGGUCUUGCGAGCGCUGUUCCUGCAGGGGUACGUGUACUCGGGCAAGGCCCAGGGUAAGGGUCGGUAUAGGGGUGGGUUGUUCUGGCUUGUGCAGGGUGCGCUGUGGGGUUUGACCGUGUUUGGGGUUGCGAAGGAGUUGUUUUAAGGGACGCGGUCUAACUGGACGAAGGCGUCGAUUAUGAGGUGAGCGGGCUACCUGCUAGCUUCCGUUUGUAUUUGAUGAUUAAGAGGCCUCAAAGUUAGCUUUGUAUAAUAAUAUUUGGUUGGAUCGUUUGCAGAAGCUCUAGUGGGGGAAGAUUGUAAGAAGCAAGGUGGAGUUGUGUUGCUAGAUGUUCAAUUGAUUGGGGACAUAGGGUAGUGGU